AGCCACGCCCCUCGCUGCAACCUAGUCUCCUUGUCACUCACGCGCACAGGCUUGGCCCCGCCCCCUCCUCAUCCUCCCCCCCUCCCUUUGUUGAAUGGUGCAAACUAGGUUCUCAAAGGGCUCUCUUCCCUUCUCUGCUGUCCAUCUUUCCCUUAGACAACCCGCCUUCUCCUUCCUCGCCGCGGACUCUGAUUGGCCCAUUGGACUCCCUCCCUCCCUUGGCAACUCGCGCCUGCGCACAGCGGAGCCACGCGAACAGGAGCGGCCCAGGCAAAAGAAACAGAGAGAGAGAGCGCACGAGCAAGCGAGUGAGCGUCGCGAGGACUGGCCGUUGCUGGGAGGGCGGCAGCAGCAUUUCUCAGAAGACAAGAAGAAGGGAGAAAACAAGCAAGGAGGAAGUGCACAGCAGCGCAGCAGACUAUACUAUAUUUGGAGCCCAAAAAUGUUGAUGCUGAUGAAGAAGCAGAAGGAGAAGAAAGAGAAGGAAAAGAAGGAAAGGGAGGAGAAAGAGAGGAAGGAAAAGGAGAAGAAGGAAAAAGAGAAGCAGGAGAAACAGAAGCGGGCAAAUCAAUUUUAAAAAAAAUGUUCAGCCAUAACCAAUAAUCCCUAAAGCCUUUCUCAGCCCAUCCCAAAGAGCUUGCAAGUCUAGAUGCAUAUUGCAAUGUGCCAGGAAGAUUAGUAAACCAGAAUUCUAUUAGGCAAAAUGAAUGUGCAAAGCUGAAGGAAAUCACUGCACCUUGAUGCUGUGCCAGAUGCAUUCUGUGUCCUUUUACCUUUUAAGUGUUACCCAAUUCCAUUUCUGCUUGGCCCAGCCCACACCAGCUUCUCUGCAUUUCCUUUCUAUUCCCACCACAAAUAAUGUGUGUGUGUGUGUAAUCUCAGAAUAGCUCAAACUGUUCAGCAAAUAUUCUGUUUAUAAUUCUGCAAAAGAAAGCACACAAACAAUACCUGUAAUGUGUAUAUGAUCAUGCAAUUUUCCAUUGUUUUGUCAAGACUGAUACAUCCACUUAUUGAAUGUUUAUUCAAAUUAGAUGUCCCACAUUUCCAAACCAAAGUGGUUAGAAAAAUGGAUUACAUACCUGGAGGAAAAGCAUUGCCCAUUAUAGAUGAAUAAUUGGUAUUGACUGAGUACUGUUAACAGUUGUCUGUAUUCGUAUUCUUCCCUUAACCAUAGAAUCAUGCAGUUGGAAGAGACCACAAGGGCCAACCAGUCCAAUCCCCUGCCAUGCAGGAACUCUCAAUCAAAGUAUACCCAACAGGUGGCCAUCCAGCCUCUGUUUAAAGAC